GUGUUUUUGCUGGGAAGAAGAAGUGGAGCAACAAACUCCCCAGCAACACAUGUAUGUCUAUUAGGUUUCAUAUAUACCAUAGUUAAAAUAUUUUAUGCCUUUUUUCUUUUUGAAAAUAAAGGGUAAAAGUCUAUGACAUGAACUAUGAACAUGGAGAAAACUAACCAAACACCAACCUCAAUAGACUUCAUAAAUUAAAACUUAUUUUUAUCUAAUGUCAUCAGACGAUUAUCAAGUACAAAAUAUCUAUCGAUACUCCAGAAAAACAUUCAAGAAGAAUAGAAGAUCACAUGAAAAUGAUAUCGGCCCAGUUGAAAACGCAAAUUUUGAGGCGACAGAUGGUUCACCAAGGAGUGAUAUUCGCAGUGAUGGUAGAAUAGACAGUAAUAUUGAUUCGCCUGGAUGUAGCUGUGAUUUAGACCCGGAAGGUGAAAUUGCGAAUAUACUUCAUAAGAAAUGCCCAGUAAUUACACUAGCACAACAACAACUGGCAAGACUAUUGGAUGAAACUGACAAACUGCUGUGUGAUAACACCAGAUGUUGCAGGUCUGUAUACGACUUCGUUUGUAUAUGUAAAGAGAUUUUUAUGACCCAAGACAAGUGUCGCGCAAUAUUAAUAUUAUUAGUUGGUUUUGGUUUCGUUAUGGGAGUCCUCUUUGGAGCUGCAUCGUGCGGAUCUUAUCUUGGACGAUUUAACAGCCCAAUCCUUAGCUGUGUUGACAAUUAUUUUGCGUCCGACCGGUUUACAAGCAUGGAGGACUCAUUUCGGAGCAUAGCUUAGAAACGGACUUCUGUUAACCAUACAUAUCUAAUAAUAUUUUUUACGCUCUUGUAAUUUCAGUAAGAAUAUUUUAGAUGAGAUUAUAGAAUAGAACCUAUCUACCUAUCGUU